ACAGAUGAGCUGUCUUUGUUGGAGCAUUGUCUUGCAUUUUCAAUUCUAUGAAAUUUCCCUUUGUACUUUCUAACAAGACAAUAAGAUUUAGGCUAUUGAACUACAAUUUUAAUUUCAUUCACUUAUCCAGUUUAUCCCUGUUAAAUUAGCUGGGUGUUCUUUACCACAUUAAUUGGUUUCACGCACUUGCAGCUGCACCAGCUCGUUUUGACUAAUAAUAAAGAAGUAUUCAGAUCCUUUACUUAAGUGAAAGUACUAAUACCCCACUGUGAAAAUACUCCACUACGAGUAAAAGUCCGGCAUUCAAAACCUUACUUAAAAGUAUGUGGACCUAAGCCAUCUCAGUGAGGGUGCAGAGUCACCUAAAAUGGAUUUAGAGACUGCACUGAAGGAGUGUUCCACCGCCCUCGAUCUUUUUCUGAACAACAGGUUUGCUGAUGCUUUGGCUCUCUUAAAACCCUGGAAGAGUCUGAGCAUGUACCACACAAUGGGCUACAGCAGCAUCUUGGUGAUGCAGGCAGGCAUGACCUUUGACCCAAAGGACAUGGAUGCUGCCAUGACAUCACUGAGAGAAUCCCUGCAGACAUGCCAAAGUUUUCGGAAGAAAACUGGAAUAGUGGAGACUCUAACCAGCCUAUGGUAUAGACAACCAGUUGAAAACCUGACAGAAGAAGAGAUGCAUGCAGAGCUGUGCUAUGCUGAAGUUCUGCUGCAGAAAGCAGCUCUCACAUUCCUGGAUGAGAGUAUAAUCGGCUUUAUCAGAGGAGGGAUGAGAAUCCGAAACAGUUACCAGAUUUACAAGGAUUGCCAGGCCUUGGCAAACAGAAGAGAAGAGAAAAAACAGAAGAGCACACACAUUCAUUUUAGAGGCGGCGUCAACAUGGGCAUUGGAUCAUUUAAUCUGAUGCUGUCUCUGCUCCCAUCCAGAGUCCUCAGACUGAUGGAGUUUUUGGGCUUCUCAGGAGACAGGGAAAUGGGUUUGUCUGAGUUGAGAGAGGGAGCAGCCAGCAACAGCCUGCGCUCUAUCCUCAGCACCCUGACUCUGCUAAUGUUUCAUCUCUACAUUACAGUGAUUCUGGGUACUGGUGAAGGAAACCUUACUGAGGCUGAAGCUCUGCUGGAGCCCUACAUUGAAAAGUACCCUAAUGGAGCCCUCAUUCUUUUUUACACUGCAAGAAUUGCUUUGCUCAAAGGAAACUUCACAUUUGCCCAGGAGAAGUUCCUGGCAUGUAUCGCAGCACAGGAAGAGUGGCGUCAGAUUCACCACCUGUGUUACUGGGAGCUGAUGUGGGCGCACUCCUUCGAACUAAAUUGGAGGGAGGCGUAUCGAUACGCUGACCUGCUCUGCAAAGAGAGCAAGUGGUCGCAGGCUGUCUAUGCAUUCCAGAAAGCUGCCAUCUUGAGCAUGCUACCAGAGGAAGAAGUGACUGAACUUGGAGAAAAUGUGGUGGAAAUAUUCAGGCAGGUGGAUGGUCUCAGACUGAGGAUUGCUGGGAAGUCGAUCCCAACAGAGAAGUUUGCAGCAAAGAAGGCACAGCGAUACUCUUCUUCUAACCCAGUGAAACCAGUCGUCCCUGCUUUGGAAAUGAUGUACGUAUGGAAUGGUUUCACAGUAGUUGGCAAAAGACCCGAGUUGACUGAAAGCAUCUUGACCAUCUUGGAGAAAGCAGAUGAGCAGCUCAGAGAUGAUCCAAACCCAUCAGAGUAUCACACUGAUGACCAGUGUGUUGUCCAGCUGCUGAAGGGCCUGUGUCUACGACAGUUGGGGCGUCUGGUCCAGGCUGAGCUCUGCUUCAAUCAUGUCAUUUCCAGUGAAAAUGAUAUCAAGCAUGACAACUACCUGGUGCCGUUUACCAUGUUUGAGCUGGGCCUGUUGCACAAACAGAAAGGUGACAUUAACACGGCCAUCACCGUGAUAGAAAAUGUCAAGACAAACUACAAGGACUACAAUAUGGAAUCGAGGCUACACUUCCGCAUCCAGGCAGCACUCAACACCAUGAGCUCAUAAUAUAUCUAAUAUCCAGUUUGAGACUAUUUUACUUGUCUUGCUUGUCUUUAUUCAUGAGAUUAAAGUUGUUUCAAUAUUUAAAGGAUGCUGAUGUUUUAAUACAAACUAUGCCCUGGUACAGUUGAACUAUGUUCUACAGCUAACAGUGUUCUUGUAAAUAAUCUUUUCGUCAUCUUUUUUCUGUGCAGUAUGAAUCUGUGUGCUUUGGUAAAUGGUAUUUACUGAAUAAAUAAUAUGAAUCAAA